UGCUGGGUUUUUAUUUUUUCUCUCUCUCCGCCUCCCCGUCUCCUCCUCAGGCUCGGACCAUGGUGCAGUCCCACUGGCUCCCCUGCCCCCCUCUCCUGUGAGACUGGCUGCGGGGAGGGAUCAUGGAUACUUGUCUGCCGGCUUCUGGUUCCCACGCAAGUAAGCCUGCUGUCAAUGGAGGAGGACAUUGAUACCCGCAAAAUCAACAACAGUUUCCUGCGCGACCACAGCUAUGCUACCGAAGCUGACAUUAUCUCUACGGUAGAAUUCAACCACACGGGAGAAUUACUAGCGACAGGGGACAAGGGGGGUCGGGUUGUAAUAUUUCAACGAGAGCAGGAGAGUAAAAAUCAGGUUCAUCGUAGGGGUGAAUACAAUGUUUACAGCACAUUCCAGAGCCAUGAACCCGAGUUCGAUUACCUGAAGAGCUUAGAAAUAGAAGAAAAAAUCAAUAAAAUAAGAUGGCUCCCUCAGCAGAAUGCGGCCUACUUUCUUCUGUCUACUAAUGAUAAAACCGUGAAGCUGUGGAAAGUGAGCGAGCGCGAUAAGAGGCCAGAAGGCUACAACCUGAAAGAUGAGGAGGGCCGGCUCCGGGAUCCUUCCACCAUCACAACCCUACGGGUGCCUGUCCUGAGACCCAUGGACCUGAUGGUGGAGGCCACCCCACGAAGAGUAUUUGCCAACGCGCACACUUAUCACAUCAACUCCAUAUCAGUCAACAGCGACUAUGAAACCUACAUGUCAGCUGAUGACCUGAGGAUUAACCUAUGGAACUUUGAAAUAACGAAUCAAAGUUUUAAUAUCGUCGACAUUAAGCCGGCCAACAUGGAGGAGCUCACAGAGGUGAUCACAGCAGCUGAGUUCCACCCCCAUCACUGCAACACCUUUGUGUACAGCAGCAGCAAAGGGACGAUCCGGCUGUGUGACAUGAGGGCAUCAGCCCUGUGUGACAGGCACACUAAAUUUUUUGAAGAGCCGGAAGAUCCAAGCAACAGGUCAUUUUUCUCUGAAAUCAUCUCUUCGAUUUCAGAUGUGAAGUUUAGCCACAGUGGAAGGUAUAUCAUGACCAGGGACUAUCUGACCGUUAAAGUCUGGGAUCUCAACAUGGAAAACCGCCCCAUCGAGACUUACCAGGUUCAUGACUACCUCCGCAGCAAGUUGUGCUCCCUCUACGAAAAUGACUGCAUUUUUGAUAAAUUUGAGUGUGUGUGGAAUGGGUCAGACAGCGUCAUCAUGACCGGCUCCUACAACAACUUCUUCAGGAUGUUCGACCGCAACACCAAGCGCGAUGUGACCCUUGAGGCCUCGAGGGAAAACAGCAAACCCCGGGCUAUCCUAAAACCCCGAAAAGUGUGCGUGGGGGGCAAGCGGAGAAAAGACGAGAUCAGUGUUGACAGUCUGGACUUUAGCAAAAAGAUCUUGCAUACAGCUUGGCACCCUUCAGAAAAUAUUAUAGCAGUGGCGGCUACAAAUAACUUAUAUAUAUUCCAGGACAAGGUUAACUAGGAGGACAAGUUAUUACUUAAUAAUCUCACAUACUGAAUACUAGUCAAACAAGUUUUUAAAUGUUUCUUUGGGUCUUCAUUUGACGCAUUGAUUUUAAUUUCCCUAUGCAGAAAACAAUUGGAAUAGAAUUAAAAGGAGUACAACAAUCCCAACUCCCCAGUUCUAAGAACCUUUUUGUCAAACCCAAUAGGCUCGGGACACUUCUGUUUAGAAUUGAGAGUUGCCAGCUAACAGUAAUUCUCCCAUAGUUGACUUGAAUUUCUGAUGCUUUUAUUACCUGGUUUUCUCUGGUGGGUCCAGUGUUUUGUUUCUAGGUGUCUGCUGAGGUAAAAUGAGGUUGUCUGUAGUACUUAAGGAGAAAAGAGAUAAGUUUUUUUUUUAAUUAAGCAAUUCCAUUUGAUUGAAAAAUCAACAAAAAAUAAACACCGUUUGCUCUACUCUUAGAGAAAUUCUUAUUUUGUGGAAAAAUCAGAACUAGCCAGCAUGUCCUCAUUCAUUAAUGGUUUUUUGGUUUUGUUUUGUUUUUUCUUUUUUUCCAUUUUCUUUUUAACAACGCCAUUUUGAGCCAGAGAUUUAUUUCUCUUCAGGAGGCUGAGAAAAGGACACAGAAAGAGAAGGGAAGGAGUACACCAACCCUGCUGUAGUCUCUUUUUGUAAGAGCCAUAGAAACGGCUGGAGUAUUUGGCUUGGAAAAGGCCGUGAAUGCUUCAGGGAACAUAAAGAGAACACUUUCCACACAGCGCUUCUCAGAGUUAGCUUGGCAAGUCCAUGUGGGGCCAGAUUCCAUCUGCUGCAUUUUUACUUUUGCUUUUUGUCUUUUUCAAUAGCUCCAUAUAAUGCUCUACUUACAUGUUCAUUGGCUUUUUCUCUUCAACCUUUUCCAGCUUAUUUAUACCAUGGACUUCUAAAGGCCGAGUCCUGGUUCCUUAUUAUCUGGCGUUCUAAACAAAGCAGUAAGUUUGAGGCAGUGGCACCAAUCCUGGUUCCCUGAGAAUGGUUGGUCUGUCUCUUUGGGUGUGUC